GCCAUCACCGCGAGAUGCGCGUCAAACGGGCAUCAUCAACAUGUAGAGCCCACAUCUCUCCUCACCCAUCAGGGACUCGUACCCACUCUAUCAAUCAGCACCAAAAAUAACAGCAACGAUGUGACCAAAACUAUCCUGCUUUACGUUCCCGAUAGCACAACACGCCGUUUUAGAAGCGAAUAAUUAAUCCGGACAUGGUACAAUCUCAUCUACAUCAUUCAGAUUUUCUUCCGCAUAAGAUGAAGUCCUUACCACCGUCUGCUGGCUCCAGUUCCUUUUAUUUUAUCUCCAUUCUGCACCAUUGCGCAUCAUCUGCAUUUGGAAUAGCGUAAAGGUCAAAUGAUGUGACUUUCAUUUUGUGCUCUCCAUGAUGGCUAUGGUUUCAGGAUAUAUCACAGGAUAUCAUUUCGGGUUUUCUGCUUUUUUAUCGACUCAACGUCAAAUGUCCUUGGAGCAUGGCCUGCGUGGUUUUUUACCAAAGCUAUUCCUGUGUCACUAGAUCCCCCGUGUUUCACAACCAGUAACAUUAGCCGUUCUACAUAGAGAUGGAUUGGGAUAAUGGUGAACACUUCAUUUGUUGACUUUUUAUUCAUGGGGGAAUAUUUUAGGGGAAUCCCAAUUACAGCACCAUAGAUUAAAAAACCUUAAACCUUAUGGAGAAACUACACACAGGGGAUAAUAGGAAGAGAAUUUAGAAAAUAUUUUCCCAGUUAUUCAUCUCAUAACAUUUGCUAAAGAGCUCCCAGUCUUCCUCAACCGACACACAUUAUGGGGGAUCUAGGCAACAGCACAGUGGAUUUCCACCCCACGAAGCCCGGGAUGGAUAGAGGAGGCCAUGAGGGGGAUUUUGGGACAACGGUAGAUGAGUUGUGCUCCCUGAUGGAGCUCAGGGGAGCAGAGGCAUUGCAGAAGAUCCAGGAGACCUACACAGAUACAGAAGGCCUCUGUCACAGACUCAAGACUUCACCUACAGAUGGACUGUCGGACAACCCUGCGGACCUGGAGAAACGCUGUCAGGUGUUCGGGCAGAACUUCAUCCCCCCAAAGAAGGCCCAGACCUUCCUUCAGCUCGUUUGGGAGGCUUUGCAGGAUGUUACCCUCAUAAUCCUGGAAAUAGCGGCCAUCAUUUCUCUCGGACUGUCCUUUUACCAGCCACCAGGGGGCGACAGUGAAAUGUGUGGUAAUGCGAACACAGGUGCGGAGGACGAGGGCGAGGCGGAGGCGGGUUGGAUCGAAGGUGCAGCUAUCCUGCUAUCUGUCCUCUGCGUGGUACUGGUAACGGCUUUUAAUGAUUGGAGUAAAGAGAAGCAGUUCCGUGGCCUGCAGAGCCGUAUCGAGCAGGAGCAGCGAUUCGCUGUGGUGCGGAACGGCACCGUCAUCCAGAUCCCUGUGGCCGAGAUGGUGGUGGGUGACGUUGCCCAGGUCAAGUAUGGUGACCUCCUGCCUGCGGAUGGUGUUCUCAUCCAGGGAAACGACCUCCAGAUCGAUGAGAGCUCGCUCACCGGAGAGUCUGAUCACGUACGCAAAUCCGUUGACAAGGAUCCCAUGCUGCUGUCAGGGACUCAUGUGAUGGAGGGUUCAGGGAAAAUGGUGGUGACAGCGGUCGGUGUGAACUCUCAAACCGGGAUCAUCUUCACCUUGCUGGGGGCUGGUGAUGUCGAGGAAGAGAAGAAAGACUGCAAGAAAGGUAAACAAGAUGGGACCUUGGAGAGCAAUCAAAAUAAAGCCAAGAAACAGGAUGAGGCUGUUGCCAUGGAGAUGCAGCCACUGAAGAGUGCAGAAGGUGGGGAGGUGGAGGAGAAAGAGAAGAAGAAAACUAGUGGGGCCAAGAGGGAAAAAUCCGUUCUUCAGGGAAAACUCACCAAGCUGGCGGUGCAAAUCGGAAAAGCAGGUCUGGUGAUGUCGGCCAUCACUGUGAUUAUCCUGAUGCUGUAUUUUGUGAUCGAGACGUUCGUGAUUCAGGGAAACGUGUGGCUGACGGAGUGCACACCGAUAUACGUGCAGUAUUUUAUGAAGUUCUUCAUCAUAGGAGUGACUGUUCUAGUGGUGGCUGUGCCAGAGGGUUUGCCGCUGGCAGUCACUAUAUCACUGGCAUAUUCUGUAAAGAAAAUGAUGAAGGACAACAACCUGGUGCGUCACUUGGAUGCCUGUGAGACUAUGGGUAAUGCUACAGCUAUCUGCUCGGAUAAAACGGGGACCCUCACCACUAACCGGAUGACAGUGGUGCAGAUUUAUAUAGGGGACCAACACUUCUGUGAUAUCCCAACACCACACCAGAUUAACCCCAGGACACUAGAGCUCCUCUCCAGCUCGAUCGCUGUGAACUGCGCUUACACCUCCAAGAUCAUGGCUGCAGAUAAGGAAGGCGGUCUGCCCAAACAGGUGGGUAAUAAGACCGAAUGUUCUCUGCUGGGUCUCGUGCGGGAUCUGAAGCAAGACUACCAAGCAGUGAGGGAGCAGAUCCCUGAGGAGAGGCUCUAUAAAGUCUACACCUUCAAUUCUGUCAGAAAAUCCAUGAGCACCGUCAUUCAGAUGCCAGACGGAAGCUUCCGCUUAUACAGCAAAGGAGCGUCUGAGAUCUUGCUUAAAAGAUGCUCGUUCAUUCUGUCCCGUGAUGGAGAGGCACGGGCUUUUAGGCCACGAGACAAAGAGGAGAUGGUGAAGAAAGUGAUUGAGCAAAUGGCGUGUAAUGGCCUCCGUACGAUCUGCGUCGCUUACCGGGAUCUUCCCGCUGACCCGAUGCCAGACUGGGAAAAUGAGGCCGAUAUUGUUUCUGACCUCACCUGCAUCACAGUGGUUGGCAUUGAAGACCCGGUUCGACCUGAGGUCCCAGAAGCCAUCAGGAAGUGCCAGCAAGCGGGCAUCACUGUACGUAUGGUGACCGGCGACAACAUCAACACAGCACGGGCCAUCGCUGCCAAAUGUGGCAUCAUUCAUCCUGGCGACGACUUCCUGUGUAUCGACGGGAAGGAAUUUAACAGGCGAAUUAGGAAUGAGAAAGGAGAGAUCGAGCAGGAACGCAUUGACAAAAUUUGGCCCAAGCUCAGAGUUCUCGCUAGAUCGUCCCCUACAGACAAACACACGCUGGUCAAAGGCAUUAUAGACAGCACGGUUGUAGAACAGAGGCAGGUGGUCGCGGUCACAGGUGACGGCACAAACGACGGACCAGCUCUGAAAAAGGCUGAUGUGGGCUUCGCAAUGGGCAUCGCUGGUACAGAUGUGGCCAAGGAGGCCUCUGACAUCAUCCUGACGGAUGAUAACUUUUCCAGUAUAGUGAAGGCUGUGAUGUGGGGGCGAAAUGUUUACGACAGCAUCUCCAAGUUCCUGCAGUUUCAACUCACUGUAAAUGUGGUGGCUGUCAUAGUAGCCUUCACUGGUGCCUGUAUCACACAGGAUUCUCCCCUGAAGGCUGUGCAAAUGCUAUGGGUCAAUCUCAUCAUGGACACGUUCGCUUCCUUGGCUCUUGCGACAGAGCCGCCCACCGAAGCCCUGCUGCUGAGAAAGCCCUACGGUCGAAACAAUCCUCUCAUAUCCAGAACCAUGAUGAAGAACAUCCUCGGACACGCCGUGUUCCAGCUCAUCAUCAUCUUUACCCUGCUCUUUGUAGGUGAGAAGAUCUUUGACAUCGACAGCGGCCGUAACAGUCCGCUUCACUCGCCUCCCUCUGAGCAUUACACCAUCAUCUUCAACACCUUCGUCCUGAUGCAGCUCUUCAAUGAGAUCAACGCCCGGAAGAUCCACGGAGAGAGGAACGUGUUUGACGGAAUCUUCUCAAAUCCCAUCUUCUGUUCAAUCGUGCUGGGGACCUUUGCAAUACAGAUCGUGAUUGUUCAGUUUGGAGGAAAACCCUUCAGCUGUUCCCCCUUGAAUGUGGAGCAGUGGCUUUGGUGUCUGUUUGUGGGGAUUGGAGAGCUGCUAUGGGGGCAGGUCAUUUCAUCUGUACCAACACAUCAGCUGAAGUGUCUAAAAGAAGCAGGUCACGGGCGGGCUCCAGACGAUGUCACGGAUGAAGAGUUCGCAGAGGAUGAGGACGAGAUAGAUUACGCUGAGAGAGAGCUGAGGCGAGGACAGAUCCUCUGGUUCAGAGGACUUAACCGAAUUCAGACUCAGAUGGAGGUAGUGAGUACCUUCAAGAGAAGUGGUUCGUUUCAGGGCGCAGCGAGACGUCGCUCUUCGGUGCUCAGCCAACUCCAUGACGUAACCAAUAAUUCUACUCCUUCUCACGUAGUUCUCUCCACUGCCAAUGCAUCUAAUGCCCCCGGGAGUGAGUCUUUACGUUCCGUUAACGGCACCUCGUAGAGCCCGUGCACUCAGAUGGCUCGCCUAUACCUGAACGCAUACACGUGCAUUGUUGCCUGCCUUCAAACACGCCUGGUCUGCUGAAUGAUGUGUGUGUGUGUGAGAGAGAGAGCAAGAAUAUCAGCAUCUGCUUCAUCUCUGUACGUUCUGCUUAUUUGUUUGUGCCUUUCUUCUUUUCUUUCCUCAUUGCUACCUCAUAAUAUUUCUUGGUCUUCUCUGUGUUUUGCUGGCCUGCGAUGAGGCUGGCUUUCUCUUCCUCGUUGCCUUUUUUCAAAUCUCCCUUUGCUUAUCUGCCAAUUAUUCACCAUCAAAUCGAUGUUGCCAUUAAGGGCUAAUAGAAUUUCAUCGAAGGAGCCAUACGAGAGUUGAAAUGCACCGAGAAAGUUCGCAAGAUGAUGUUUCUUCUAUUGCGCGAACGAAAACUGACAAUAUUUGAACAACAAAACAAAGCAUAGUGAAUUGAACGACUGUUGUAAACUUGCGAGUAUAAGGCCAUUUUGGUUUCGAUUGCCGUUUUGAUUUGUGCCCUGUUCAUGUCCGUGUUUUUAGCUCUAACUGUCUUUUGUGUGAUUUCUUCAGAUUGUCCUCUCUCUCUCUUUACAGGUGUGUUCUCUUAACCUCCUUUUUACCUCAUUAGAAUAACUAAUAAUCUCAUCUUUCUGCUGCUAUAUAGUGUGGAUCAUGUUUUCUUGAGAUGUAUUCACACAGACAGUGAUUUGUUGAUUAGGAUAAUGCACCAAAUUUAACAUCAAUAUUGCCCUCCAGGUGCCAGAAGUGAUGGUCUUAAGAAACCGCUGCAAAGAGAUGCAGCAUUAGCCCAGCUGGAACCCCCGUAUUAUCAUCACUUCCUCUUCACUGUUAAAGGAAUAGUUUACCAGUGAAUGUCCUGUCAUUGUUUACUUGACCUCACGUCGUCCUGUACAUGUAUUUCUGUGACCCGCAGCGGUGAAAAAAGUAUUGCGCGUCAAAGUUACGUUGUUAGGUUAAUAACUUGACAAUACAACACAUGAGUCAUACUGUAUGGUAGUUUUGCGGGGAUCUUUUGUCCUUUUGGAGCUAUGGUCACUUUAAAUGUUCCUUUAUUUCCUUCAUUCUGUUUGAAGAUUCCUUUUAUGUUGCUGGAUGUGGGAUUGGAACGAUGAGGGGAAGUAAAUGUUGACAGAACCUUCACACAUGGAUAAACUAUUCCUUUAGUUCCUUUUAUUGAUUACAUUUGGAAAUUGAAUGUACAGUAAAACUUCACCUUGCAGUUUUUCCUCCUUUUUCUGUUUUUUCUUAAACAGGUCUAUAGUCUUUUCCUGUGUACAUCUUUUCAGAAUAUUUUCUUGCUUGUCUUUGUUUCCAUUUGUCUCGUAGCAUUUGUCAAACUGUAUGCGUCACUGUAUUAUAGCUCAGGGAAGCUCCAGCUAAAUGUUCUUUACGUACAGUACAUUUGUUAUUUUGGGAUAGUUUCACCAAAUAAUGUAGGACAAUAAUGUAUUUUACAGGUUGCUUCUCAAAAGCUUUUGUUGUGCCAUUAUGUCACAACAAAAGACAUCUUUACGAUUUCUUGGUGUCAUAGAUUUAGACCUCCAUUCAUCGAACGUCUGUCUUUCAUUUUCCCUUCUCUUCCCUCCUGUCUGUCACGAGGAGUUCUGAUGUGAUGUGUUUGGAGCUGAGCUAUUCAAACACGAUCCCUUUUCUGUUUUUCCAUCCAGUGCCUGAAUUAUAAAAUAUUAGCCAAUUUUGAGAGAAUUACAUCAUUAAUUUGCACCAUUUUUUCCCCUCUUUAAUAUAUAGCCUAACACUCCGUUUAAAGAAAUCUGGGCCUUAUACUCGGACGUUUACAAUGUCAGUAUCAAAGAAAACGGCUUUAAAUUCUGCAGUGACCACUAUAAAUGGCUCUUUGGAAAAACAAAGCUACAAAAGAGCUUGAAUUGUUGUGUCCAUGUUGUGAAGUCUCUCUUCCCUCUGUCAGUCACAUGCUUUGUGGUCAUUUCAGGGCGUGGUUUGGCUAUGCAUGUACAAUGCGGAGGGCAGAAUAACUCCCUGGCCUGCAUGGUCACACACACACCCCAACAGUUUCUUUUUGAGAAGAUGCAUUUCCACCAUGGCCACCGUUUAAUCACACGACAAGAUCAAGGAUAUCAAGAAAUAUGGACCGAGUUGAUCAAUGUCUUGACAGAUUUGUUUAAUUGAAUGUAGUUGCAUGCCAUGCAUGAAAGGGAAGAGAAAAGUUUAAUUAUUGUGCAUGGUUGCAUGGGAGAAUUAUCCCAUUUAAUGUAUUCGUAUACUUUUGAGGGCAUUAAUUUUUUUUUUCUUGUGUUAGAAUAUGCUGAUAUAAUCAAAGAUACUUUAGUCUUUAUUUUGUUCAUGGGUUUAUUGAAAGUGGAUUUUCCUCUUUAUGAGGAUUACAAAUAUAAAUGUAACAUAGUCACUGAUGAUGUCAGAACAAUAAAUCAUGCUUACUGUGACUUAUUCAA